UCUCUUCUGUAAUUCUCCUAUUCCUUUCUCAAUUUCUUUUCCUGUAAUUUCCUCUCUGAAAUAGCAAUAAAACUCCAUUCUUGAAUACUAUACUUAGCCGAGACCUAUCAGUGGUAUCAGAGCCCGUCUCCUCCGACUGUGGGUAGGCUUUCCAAUGGCAGACCAUACCAGAUCUCAAGAACUCAAACGAUUGGAUGAGACAAUCAAGAAAUUGUUAGACGCAACUACUGAUUCCAUUCGUCUACUCACGGAAACCAACGAGAAACACGCAGCAACUAUGAAUCAUCUCAUAGACUCCAACAACAAAACCGCGGAAACAAUGGAGGGGAUCAAAGAAUUGGUUACGAUGUUGAGCCUCAAGUAUACUCAGAUCGCGGAAAAGGUACUAGUUCAUCCCUAGAAUCCUCCAUUAUUAUCCAACCCCCAUGUCUAGAAUCAAUUUCCCCAUCAGACCUAUGGGAUCUUUAGGCCCUUCCAACCCAAAUUAGAGUUUCCAAAAUUUUUUGGUAAUGAACCUGAAGCUUGGUUGUAUAAAUGCGAGAAAUUCUUGACUUCAACGCCAUAGAUGAAACACUGAAGAUACGACUAGCCUCAUUACAUUUGGAUGACAAAGCAAUACAUUGGUUCCGAUGGUUUGAAAAAUCGCAUACCUUACAGACCUGGGGGGAAUUUUCUAAGGCCUUGUCACUUAGAUUUGGGGAAACUGUUUAUGAAGAUGCUGUAGGGCAAUUAACCAAAUUGAAGCAGUGGGAAUCUGUGAAACUGUUUCAAGAAAAGUUUGAAGAACUAGCCAAUAAGACCUCUGGACUAUCAGAAGAAUUUUUCAUCAGUUGUUUUGUAAGUGGUUUAAAAGAAGAAAUUAGGGGUGGCAAACAAAUGUUUAGGCCAAAAUCCAUAUCUGAAGCAAUGGGUCUAGCAAGAUUACAGGAGGAUACUUUUGAAGCUUUGAAUAAGAAGAAUAGGGUUAUAACAAAGCCAUACAUACCACCCUUCACACCAGCACCAAGAAUCACUGAAACAAGCCCCAAGAUGCCAGAAACAGGAACAUCAAUUCGAAAAAUGACUCAGCGAGAUUUCGAUGACAGAAGGGCUAAAGGGUUAUGUUUUUGCUGUGAUGAGAAAUACUUCAGAGGGCAUGUGUGCAAGAAAAAGAAAAUAUUCAUGUUGGAGGCAGAAGAGGAGGAAGAGAUCUUUAAGGAUACACAACAAGAGUUGCUCCAAGGGGAUAAUCAAGAAGAAUUCCAGAUUUCCCUACAUGCCUUAUCUGGUAUUCAGUCGUACAAGACCAUGAGGAUUAUUGGUCAAAUAAAGAAAAAACUGCUGCACAUACUGAUUGAUUCUGGUAGCAGACAUAAUUUCUUGGACCCAACAAUAGCCAAAACAACAGGAGUGGAAUUACAGAGCACCAAUCCUUUAACUGUAGUUGUGGCAGAUCGUACUAAAAUUUUUAGUAAAGCAAUGGUGAAAGAUUUCAAAUGGACUAUGCAAGGAGUGGAAUUCACUAUUGACAUGAGGCUGUUACCUUUGGGAGGAUGUGAUAUGGUAUUAGGGGUGCAAUGGUUGUCCACACAACUUGAAGAUGGAUUUCACUGUUUUGGGGGCAAAACAUACGUUAAAAGGGGGAGAAGUACCAGCAGUUUAGUUGGUAGAUGCUAA